UUCCCGCGGGAAGUGUUCGCUAGUGUCUGGGAGCGGGAAGGCGGGAACCUCCGGGUAAGGGAUAGUCGUGCGACAGGGCUCCGAACUGACUCCGGUCGCCGGAAGAGCGCGGUAGCCGUCGGGAUUCCGCGCCGCGAGGCAAGAUGCUGAAGUCUAAGACUUUCUUAAAGAAGACCCGGGCGGGCGGCGUGAUGAAGAUCGUGCGCGAGCACUACCUGCGGGAUGACAUCGGCUGCGGGGCGCCGGGGUGCGCGGCCUGCGGCGGGGCGCACGAGGGGCCGGUCCUCGAGCCGCAGCCCCUGGACCCCGCGAGCAGCCUCUGCCCGCAGCCUCACUACCUGCUGCCUGACACCAACGUGCUGCUGCACCAGAUUGAUGUUCUUGAGGACCCUGCCAUCAGGAAUGUAAUUGUACUACAAACAGUUCUGCAAGAAGUGAGAAACCGCAGUGCCCCGGUAUAUAAACGAAUCCGAGAUUUGACUAGUAACCAGGAGAAGCAUUUCUAUACGUUCACCAACGAGCACCAUAGAGAAACUUACAUAGAACAAAAACAGGGAGAAAAUUCUAAUGACAGGAAUGAUAGAGCCAUUAGAGUAGCAGCAAAAUGGUACAAUGAACAUUUGAAGAAAAUGUCAGCAGAGAAUGAACUGCAAGUCAUCUUAAUAACAAAUGACAGGAAAAACAAAGAGAAAGCCAUAGAAGAAGGAAUACCAGCUUUCACUUGUGAAGAAUAUGUAAAGAGCCUAACUGCUAACCCUGAACUCAUAGAUCGUCUUGCUUGUUUGUCUGAAGAAGGGAAUGAAAUAGAAAGUGGAAAAAUAAUAUUUUCAGAGCAUCUUCCCUUAAGUAAGUUACAACAAGGCAUAAAAUCUGGUACAUACCUUCAAGGAACAUUUAGAGCCAGCAGGGAAAAUUACUUAGAAGCUACAGUAUGGGUUCAUGGAGAUGCUGAAGAAAAUAAAGAGAUAAUCUUACAAGGGCUUAAAAAUUUAAAUCGAGCUAUUCAUGAAGACAUUGUGGCUGUGGAGCUUCUCCCCAAAAAUCAGUGGGUAGCACCAUCUUCUGUGGUUUUACAAGAUGAAGGUCAAAAUGAAGAUGAUGUGGAGAAAGAAGAGGAAACAGAACGCAUUCUGAAGACUGCUGUAAAUGAAAAAAUGUUAAAACCUACAGGUAGAGUUGUAGGAAUAAUAAAAAGGAAUUGGAGACCAUAUUGUGGCAUGCUUUCCAAGUCUGAUAUUAAGGAGUCAAGAAGACAUCUCUUUACACCUGCGGAGAAGAGAAUUCCUCGAAUUCGGAUAGAAACCAGACAGGCAUCUGCUUUGGAAGGACGGAGAAUUAUCGUUGCUAUUGAUGGAUGGCCCAGAAAUUCCAGAUAUCCAAAUGGACACUUUGUGAAAAAUUUAGGUGAAGUUGGAGAUAAAGAGACUGAAACAGAAGUUUUGUUACUUGAGCAUGAUGUUCCCCACCAGCCUUUUUCACAGGCUGUCCUUAGCUUUCUACCAAAGAUGCCCUGGAGCAUUACUGAAGAGGACAUGAAAAACCGAGAAGACCUGAGACAUCUAUGUGUUUGUAGUGUGGACCCACCAGGAUGUACUGAUAUAGAUGAUGCUCUGCAUUGUAGAGAGCUUGAAAAUGGAAAUUUGGAGGUUGGUGUUCAUAUUGCUGAUGUUAGCCAUUUUAUUAGGCCAGGAAAUGCUUUGGAUCAGGAAUCAGCCAGAAGGGGAACAACUGUGUAUCUUUGUGAAAAGAGGAUUGACAUGGUUCCAGAGUUGCUUAGUUCUAACUUAUGCUCCUUAAGAUGUAAUGUUGACAGGCUGGCAUUUUCAUGUAUUUGGGAAAUGAAUCACAAUGCUGAAAUCUUAAAAACGAGGUUUACCAAAAGUGCCAUUAAUUCAAAGGCUUCCCUUACAUAUGCUGAAGCUCAAAUGAGAAUUGAUUCAGCAACCAUGAAUGAUGACAUUACCAUUAGUCUCCGUGGACUAAAUAAAUUAGCUAAAAUUUUGAAAAAAAGAAGAAUCGAAAAAGGGGCUUUGACUCUUUCUUCUCCAGAAGUUCGAUUUCACAUGGACAGUGAAACUCAUGAUCCUAUAGAUCUACAGACCAAGGAACUUAGAGAAACAAAUUCCAUGGUUGAAGAAUUUAUGUUACUUGCCAAUAUCUCUGUUGCAAAAAAAAUUCAUGAAGAGUUUUCUGAACAUGCUCUGCUUCGAAAACAUCCUGCUCCUCCUCCAUCAAAUUAUGAAAUUCUUGUUAAGGCAGCUAAAUCGAAGAAUUUGGAAGUUAAAACUGAUACUGCCAAGGCUUUGGCUGACUCUUUGGAUCAGGCUGAUUCUGCUACUUUCCCAUAUCUCAACACUCUGUUAAGAAUAUUAGCCACUCGCUGCAUGAUGCAAGCUGUGUACUUCUGCUCUGGAAUGGAUAAUGAUUUUCAUCACUACGGCUUAGCAUCCCCAAUAUACACACAUUUUACUUCACCCAUCAGAAGAUAUGCGGACAUAAUUGUUCAUCGGCUGUUGGCUGUGGCUAUUGGGGCUGACUGUACUUAUCCAGAGUUGACAGACAAACAUAAGCUUGCAGAUUUAUGUAAAAAUCUUAAUUUUCGGCACAAAAUGGCUCAAUAUGCCCAACGUGCAUCAGUGGCUUUUCAUACCCAGCUAUUUUUCAAAAGCAAAGGAAUAGUAAGUGAAGAGGCCUAUAUUCUUUUUGUGAAAAAAAAUGCUAUUGUGGUAUUAAUUCCAAAAUAUGGAUUAGAAGGUACAGUCUUUUUUGAAGAAAAGGACAAACCCAAGCCACGGCUUAUUUAUGAUGAUGAGAUACCUUCACUUAAAAUAGAAAAUACUGUGUUCCAUAUAUUUGAUAAAGUUAAAGUGAAAAUCAUGUUAGACUCGUCGAAUCUUCAGCAUCAGAAAAUUCGAAUGUCCCUGGUAGAACCACAGAUACCAGGAAUAAGUAUUCCUAUUAAUACUUCAAACAUGGACAUCAGUGAACCAGAGAAAAAGAAGAAGAAGCUUGAAAAAUAGCUAUAGCCAGCAAAAAAAUUUCAAGGGUUGGUUUCCUUUUAAUAAAAUUAAUAACAAACAAACAAACAAAAAAAUGAGAGGACAUUUCUAAUCCUAAGAAGUGUGUGUAACAAUUUAUUAUUUUAAAGUGCAUUUUAAUAAUUUUAAAAAUGUACAUUUUUAUUGAA